AAGGCACUCCCACUCGGCGCCACAGUAUUUUUGAAACGUUAGGAGGCUAGGAGCACAAGCCUGGCCAUUCUGUCGCUAGUAAGUACAGCACAGAGACUGCACCUGAACGCAACACAUCCAAGAGGUCGACCACUUUUCCAGAUGGCUCAUUCCAAACCUCUGCUCAUCCCGUGGCUUUGGACACAGAUUGACAGCGGGACUUAUCCUGGUGUAUGUUGGACCAACCAGGAGAAAACAGAAUUUUGCAUUCCUUGGAAACAUGCCUUGAGACAAGACUCUUCCGAUAAAGACGUUCUCAUCUUCAAGGCGUGGGCAAACGUGAGUGGCAACGGCCGCAUUAACGGAGAUCCCUCGGUUUGGAAGAGAAACUUCCGAUGUGCGCUGCAUGCUAAAAAGUUCGACUUGAUCGUGGACAACAAAAACGACACUGCAAACCCUCACAAAGUGUAUCGUUGGCCAGCUGAGUCACCUUCAGGAGGCAACUCUUCUGCCAGCCCAUCCAUCCAACCUGAGCUGGAAAGUCCUCCCAUACAAGAAAGCCAUGUUAUCCCAUUCGUGGAUGAGCUCCUCUAUUGUCCUAUCGAAGAAUCCAGCCCCAAUGAGGAUAUUCUGCAGAACUGUCUUGAACAACUUAACAUCGGACCUCAAGCAGAAGACAAGUCCGCCUUUGCGCUUCCACCCGAGCAACAGGAGCUCCAGCAUCAGCUUGUGAUAGGCGGUCGCGCGUCACCAUGGCAACAAACAUAUCCAGUAGCGGCGGAGAGCGCGGUCGGCGAAGCUUGGUCGCCUGGGCAACCGGCGCAACCAAUGGAGGAAGCUGAAAAUGGGGCUUGCAGUGGACAGUUAGCGAAGCAGUUUUUAGAAUACUUUAAUAAGACCACCGAUGGAGGUCAUUUACAGACCCAAUUCAGGAUAACUGUGUACUAUAGAGGUGUGCAGGUUUCUGAGCAGAUAAUUAACAAUGAAGCUGGAUUCCGCUUAGUUUACAGGCCUGAACUGGGGGAGCCACUGUUGGACCACGAGUCGGGCCUGUCUAUUGUCUCCCUGCCAAGCCCUGUCAAUAUCAAGGAUCAAAAACAAGCCAGGUUGACCCAGUGUAUCUUGGACAACAUGGGCGAGGGAUUGGACAUAGGCGUGUCAGGCAACGUCAUUUACGGCCAGAGACGAGGUGAAAUCAAAGCUUUUUGGAGCUUCUCCAAUUUUGACGACAGCGGACACCCCCAGGAAAUCUCCAAAAUGCAGCCCCAGCCAUUUUUUCAAUUGAAGGAUUUUAUCCAAGGAAUACUGGCCUUUGUAGAGCUUGACAGCAAAGAGUGUGGCCCUUUCUCCCUCUUUAUCUGCCUGGGGGAGAAGUGGCCUGACCCAGAGAAGAUGCCUUGGAAGAAAAAACUCAUCACGGUUGAGGUGGUUCUCACUACUUUGGAGUUCUUAAAGAUGUUUGCAAUGGACGGCGGUGCAUCAUCCCUCAAAUCUGUUGAACUGCAAAUGUCACUAGAAGAGAUGAUCACAGACUGAUGCUGCAUGUUUAUUUUUUAAACGCUCCAUUAUUUCUUACCUUUAUGCGUGCCUCUGCAACUGACUGCUUUGCAUGCAACACAAUGAAGAAUGACCAGCCAUCCUUUUCUUGUCAUUUCUUUAAUCACUAUAACCACAUGUCACAUUUGCGACUCAAGAUGAUGGAUGACUCAAUACAUAAACGCAUAACUCACUAAUUACCAGGUGUCAAAACCACAAAGUAGUGCUCUUACGUCACUAGAAAUUACCAACCGACAAAAGGUAGCAAAUGUUUGAACGUCUUCUGGGCAUCCAUCUGUUGUGUCUGUCUGUGGAAACAAGUUGGACAAGUAUCUUCUGACCAAAUGUAAAACAGACAAACUUCUAAUAAUGGAAGCAGUUCUUUUUCAUUGGGCUUAAUGGCUCAAUACCUAUACUGUAUAUACAGUGAUCCCUCGUUUUUCGCGGUUAACAGGGACCAGAACCCAGCGUGAUAAGUGGAAAAACCGCGAAGUAACGCCCCACCCCUUAAAAAAACAAUUUUUUUGUGUGUGUGUUCAAUGUAUUUAAUCAGAAUUAGCUUUGAACAGAUAUACAUAUAAGACAAGUAUAUGUAUUUUAAUAAAUUGUUUUUAAGCACUUCAAAUGUAAUAAUUAUGAUGUUUUAAACAUGUUACUGUCCCACCAAAUUAUUUUUGAACAUGAAUAAAGGAGAAAAAUGUUUGUCUUUGUUAAAUUAUUCAUUGAGUGAGUCCACUCAAAUCCGCUCAAGCUGCUCACUUACACACAAU